ACAACCGAAAUAUAUUCCGGUUGGUUAGUCAUCGGUGAAAAUCGGCAAUCGGCGUUUAAUGGCAAUACCAGCAACCAUUUGGGCAAGAAUCAAAAAACGAUGCAUACGAUCCACUGAUCUUUGGUUCCUGUCACACCGGUUGUUUUGAGGAUGGGAUUGAGUAAAACCGAAAUUAAUCUGAAAAGAUUGCUAGCAGCUGCUCCACAGCAACAAAACAAAGUGAAACUUGUGCAUUAUGUUGCUACUUUACGCGAACAGUUGGAACAACUCGCCACAGAGCAAACUCCAGAAGGACUACCCAGACUUUCAAAAGCUACAGUGAAUGAUUACUCGGAGAAAAUUGAAGCCAUUGCAGCCAAGCUGGCUAUCCCUGUGCUGGAGAGUGUACAAACGCCUGAGCUGAGAGUGAAAACAUGUGUUAAAGAAAACAGCAGUAAAAAAGAAGAAGAAAGUAUUAACCUUUCACCAGGGUUGAGAAGAAGACUAGUGCCUUCUUCUGGUGAACAUAGAGGCCAAGAUAGUUGUGAAUCAUCGUCUGGUUCAUCAUCACCUGUUAAAUUGGAUGCUGCAGCACAAGUACAUAUCACAAAACACAGGAAGCUUCAAGAAGAUUUGACAGAUGAAAUGGUGGAUUUGGCACGACAGCUCAAAGAGAGAAGUCUUUUGAUGAACAAAUCCAUACAAAAUACCGAAAGAAUUCUUGAUUCGACUGAAAAAGCAGUGGAGCAUAGCCUGGCAAGCACAGGGCAGACGAAUACACAGGCUAUGGCUGUAUACACACAGACUUCCAACACCUCAUGCUUCACGUGGCUUCUCAUGUUUUUAAUGACGUGUAUCUUCGUCAUGGUGGUUCUUCUUAUCAAGGUCACUUAAACAACUAUUUUACCUGAAUUGGUCAUAUUUUAUACUAUAAUAAAAUCAGCUUGUUCUAUAGAUUCGUAUAUUACGUACUCUGGUCAUUGAAUGUCUGUCUAAAAUAGUAUGAGAUGCAAUUUUAUUAUCAA